UCCAAGCUAAGGUUGGCGAACAUCAAAUUACAACUACUACUUUCCUUCUCUCCCCUCUCUCUCAAAGAAAGAAUGGCUUACAACACCACCACCUUGCUUUUAUCAUUUUCUUUGUUCAUUGUCAUUGUGAUAGUAGCACCCUCUCAGGGCUCGUCAGUGAAGGAGGCAAAAGUGCAAAUAGUGUUCAUGGAAAGAUAUCCGCAGGUAAUAGAAGUGCAGCAGCACUUGCGUGCCUUGGCUUCUAUACUUGGGAGUGAAGAGGCAGCGCGGAAAGCCAUCAUAUAUACAUACAAGAACACCAUCAAUGGUUUCAGCGCCAUGCUCACUGACUCACAAGUUGCCGCUCUUUCUAAGCAGCCUGGAGUGCUUAAGGUUCUCCCAGCUCCAUUGUAUCCACUUCCACAAGGGCAAGACCCAUCAUUAUCAAGUCCAUGAAGGCCACAAUAACACUGCAAAGCACCCCAACUUCAACCAUGAGCAUGUUAUGUAAUAUAGUAUGUAUAUUAUGUAAUGAUGUAUGUCUUCCUACAAAAUGGCUUAUCACUUAAAUCUCAGUAGGUUUCUG